AUGUCUUCAGAGUCAGAAAAGGAUAAAGAGAGGCUGGUGCAAGCUGCCAAAACAUUUUUCUUUCACAUGCAAGAUCUUGUUGCCUUCACUAACACACUUAUAGAAUCUUUUAACAGCACUAUGAAUGCCCAGAUCCACUCCCUGGCUGUGAAGGAAGAUGCUAACGUUAAGGAUGUCUUUGAACAACUAUUCACAGUCUUUAAGGAGUUACAGUGUGUCCUGGAGGCAAAGUACGACCAGAUGCAAAAGGAACCUUUAUGUUCCAAGAUUGCGACAGCGAUUUGCUCUAUGGUUGAGAAGAGUGCCAAUGUCAAGGAGCUGCAGCAGUCAGCUAGAGAAAUGUUCAAGAAUGUCCACACUCCAGUCAUCGUUGCUGCACUGAAUAGCACUAACAUCCUUGGCACUUUGGAAUCUUCUCUUUCACUCUUGAUGACAUGUCCUAUCAUGAAACUUCAGUUAAGUGACCUCUAUCAAAAAGACACCAAAGACCAAUCAGAGGCCAACACCUCAGAGAAAAACCAAAGUCCGGGUCCAUCCAAAAUCGGUACAGCAGACAUCUUGAAAAAAUUGCAGGAUGUGUUAAAAGCUGAACAUUUCAAGAAUACCAUGGAGUCAGUUGUAAAUCAGUUGGAGCAAAUUGUCAGAACUCUGGCACCAAUCUUAGAGAUCCUCCAAAAAGCCAUAAAUAUUAUGGAAUCCAAAAUUCCCAUGCCCUAG